AUGACAAAAAAAAAAAGAAGAAACAAUGCAAAAAAAAUAUCAGAUAUAUUUUAUCGAUAUCCAAUAAUAAAUGGAGCACGUGAUAGUGUCACAUACAAUAAUGCGAAGAUCGAAGAUGAUGAAGAUGUUACUUCAAUGCUUAAUUGUCACACUAGGUUCAGUGGUGGACAUCCAUUGGAGUUGUAUGUUUGUUUUCAUGAGGAAGAGGAAGUUUAUCCUACGCAAUCGUCCCAAAUACAUCAAUAUCAACAAAAAGUGGUUGAUGAUGAUAGUGACUCUGAUGAUGCCAGACAACUUGAUUUGUUUGGUGGUUCUAGUGACGAUUCAGGUGAUGUAAUUAUUCCCUUGUCCCAACCUUCUCCAGUACUUAAUUUAUACAACCAACCAUAUCACACGAGAAAUCAUGUUUCCUUCGAUUCUACUGUGCCUGUCUUUGAUUCCAUAGACGGCGGUCAUGAUUGUGGAGGUUUAGAGGAGGGCAUGAAGUUUGAAAACAAAGAAAGUUGUAUGUAUGCAAUCCGUCAAUAUCACAUUAAAAAUAAUGUUGAUUACGAGAUUUAUAAGUCUGAUACGCAACGUUUCUUGGUUAGAUGUCGGAUCGAAGGAUGCGGCUUCACAUGUAGAGCAUCAUUACGAAAGGGGUGUGGUAAAUGGGUUAUUAGAAGAAUUGGUGGACUACACACUUGCAUGGCGUCUGCUAUGUCACAAGAUCACAUCAAGCUUGACUCAAAUCUUAUCGCUCAAAGCAUCAGAGCUCUUGUCAGCGACGACGCUUCAAUCAAGGUGAAAACUAUUAUUGCUCAUGUUCGUACAACUUUCAACUACACGAUAUCUUAUAAAAAAGGAUGGCUUGCAAAUAACAAAGCAAUCGAGUCUAUUUAUAGAAACUGGGAGGCUUCAUACAACGACCUACCGCAAUGGUUGUUAGUCAUGCGAGAGCAUCUUCCUGGAACCGUAAUAGAGCUGGAAACACUGCCUGCAUAUUUAGAUGAUGGAACACAAAUUAGUGGUGCAAGAAUUUUCCAUCGCCUUUUUUGGGCGUUUCAACCAAGUACCAGAGGUUUCGCCUAUUGCAAACCAAUUGUACAAGUCGAUGGCACAUGGUUGUAUGGAAAAUAUAGAGGAACAAUGCUAAUGGCUGUUGCACAAGAUGAGAACGUUAACAUUUUCCCAAUCGCCUACGCAUUGGUUGAAGGUGAGACCGGAGGGGCUUGGAGUUUUUUUCUUAAAAAUUUGCGGCUGCACGUGACCCCUCAAUCUGAUAUAUGUUUGAUAUCUGAUCGACACGAGUCUAUAAAGAGUGCAUACAACAACCCAGACAAUGGCUGGAAAAAUCCUCCUUCAGUGCAUGUGUAUUGCAUCAGGCACAUCGCUCAAAAUUUUAUGCGAGCGAUCAAGGACAAAGACCUCCGCAAGAAAGUUGUAAACAUGGGGUAUGCUCUAACGGAGUCUACGUACGCUUACUAUCGGGUGGAAAUCCGACAAACAGGCAUGGAAGCUUUCAACUGGAUAGAGAAUCUUCCAAGAGAAAAAUGGUCGCGAGCUUAUGACGGUGGAAGACGAUGGGGUCACAUGACAACCAACCUUGUGGAAUCAUUGAACUCGGUGAUGAAGGAAACAAGGAAUUUACCUAUUACAGCACUUGUAAGAUCAACAUACUUCAGGAUGGGAACAUUGUUUUGGAGGCGAGGUCAUAAUUGGACAAAAAUGUUGUCAUCAAAGAAGGAUUUCACGGAUAAUUGCAUGAAAGAGAUGCAAAAAGAAGUAGAAAAAUCUCACAGUUAUAAUGUCCUGAGUUUUGAUCGUGAGAGAAACUAUUUCGUCGUCCAAGAGACAGUUAAUAAUAACGAGUGCCGGACACUUACUUAUUAUAACGUCGACCUCCAAAAACAAACACGUGACUGUGGGAAAUUUCAAACUUUUCACGUGCCCUGCUCGCAUGCCAUUGCAGCUUGUUCUCAUGUCCGACUCAAUUAUCAGAUGUUUAUCCCUCCUAUAUUUAGAGUUCAAAAUAUCUUCAAGGUAUACGAACAAAGCUUCAUCGGUGUUCCCAAAGAAGAUCAAUGGACUCCUUAUCAAGGUGAUAUUCUUUUACACAAUGAAAGAAUGCGACGAAACAAAAAAGGUCGCCCAAACAGCACUCGCAUUAGGACUGAAAUGGACACCGUUGAGAAAGUAAAAAGACGAUGUGGAAUCUGUCAAGGAUUACAUAUGCGGAAAAAAUGUCUGCAUCGGCCAAAUGCAGCAGGCCCUUCUAACUAG